AUGGACAUCGAUAUGAGCAGGAGGAAUAAGAAGCCCCGCCUUCUGCUGGAAUCUGAACGAGAAAGGCUCGAUGAAUUUAUCGAUUCUAUCCACUAUUCCGCGAGAUACUCUGAUGAUCAAUUUGAAUACCGUCAUGUUCAGCUCCCCAAAAACAUGCUCAAAAAGAUCCCGGCCGACUACUUUGACAGCUCGAAGGGAACUCUUAAACUGCUUUGGGAAGAGGAGUGGAGAGCCCUGGGGAUUACACAGUCGUCUAACUUUACCGACGGUCAGAGCUUGGGUUGGGAGCACUACGAGGUUCAUGAGCCGGAACCACACAUUCUGCUAUUCAAGCAAUCAGGUGCUUCUUGCAUGAAGUUUCGACAAGGAAUAUAA